UGUGUGUGUGUGUGUGGGUGUGUGUGUGUGUGUGUGUGAGUGUGUGUGUGUGUGUGUGUGUGGGUGUGCAGGUGUCUCUGGUCAGCAUUCCUCCUUUGGAGCACGGAGGUCCUUCAGUGAGGAUGGUGGAGCUCUGCUCCUCCUCCAUGACCUGCAUGCCUGGAACACACCUGGUGCAUCUAACGUGCUCGUCGAUGGGCUCCGCCCACCAGGACCUCUCCCCCGUUGUCUCCAGAAUGUUCCAGACAACAACCAGUGACGGGGAAGAACCCUCUGAAGACCAGCGACCCUCAGUGUUAUGGGUGAUGUACUUCAACAUGAGAGAUAGCUCGGGAUUGGCUGAGAGCAGCUACGACCUGCCCAAUAACAUCCAUGUGUGCUCAGGGCCUGACAGCUCAUUGGGCAGUCAGCACUCCAUCUCUCUGGCGGAGUCCGUGUUCCAGAAGAUUCUUCCCGAGGAGGAGUUCUGUCCCCCGGCGCCCAACCCUGAGGACAUUCUCUACGAUGGAGAUACCCCCUCAGAGGGCUUCACCCAGGGAGGGGAGGAGACAGGGGAGGAGACAGGGGAGGGGGGAGAGGGGAAGGCCGAGGGGGAGGAGGGGAAGGCCGAGAGGGAGGAGGGGGAGGGGGACGUGCAGACAGGGGAGAGAAUUACAGAGCAGAGUCCAUCCACAGAAGAGUAACUCUCCUCCUCUCCCUCUCCCCUCUUCUGUUCCUUUCCCCUCCACUCCUGCCCAGUCACUUUUCAUUUCCUGCUCGGUCCGGUUGUGUGUGUGUUCAUCUCUCAGUGGAGAGGAAUGGCCUUUGUCUUUUUUUAUUUGUUAUUAAUGUAUUAUUUUCUUUCUGUCUGUCACAUGUUAAUAUG